GUCUGGGGCACUAAAUACAUCGGAUCUGCCUCUUUUCUCAAUCUCACGCUCCUUAAAACCCCUACAUCACCUUCUUCUUCCUUUUCGCCUUCACCUUCACCUUCAUCGUCAUCAUUAUCAGAUUCACCCUCUACCCCAGUCUCUUCUACGUUUGUCUACUACAACACGAAAACGGAUACCUACACAGGUUGCAACAAUAAGACGUUUUCUGCCAGCGAUAGUGUUGUUUUGAUGAAUCCCCUCCAAUUCGGAAACCCAGCCUCCAAAAACUCAACCUGCGGUGAAUGGGUCUUGGUCCGGAACCGCAAGAACACAAUGCAGUCAACUUAUGCACAGGUAGUCGGCCAAUGCCCCACAUGUGAUUACGGAUCGGUCGAUGUCUCUCUUGGCGCUCUGAGUGAUCUGGCACCAGACCUUCCUUUCGAAAGCAUGGUAUUUGAUGACAGUUCCGAUACAACCAUCGACGACCUCAUGGGCGCCGAUACACCUCAACCUGCGAAUUCGACACCAAUCUCACCCAAGGACCUACUCAGUGUUGUGUGGGAGUUAUCAGGCCCUCCCAAGCAUACAGGCACUAACCAGAUCGACUUGCCUUCUGGAACUCGACCUACCAGUACUACCUCCCCCACCCCUACGUCAACUACUGAGGCCCCAAAACCUACAUCACCCUCUUCACCUGUGUUUUCCGGACGUGCAACCUGGUAUUCCGACACAUCAGGCUUUUGCGAACAUCCUUACUCUCAAUCUGACAUGAUCGUUGCAGUGAAUGAGGCCCAAAUGGGAAGGGUCAAGGACCUCUGUGGCAAGAAGAUCCUCCUGACUAAAGAAGGGUCGGACGUACAGGUGGUUGUAGAAGUUGUUGACAUGUGCCCUAGUAAAUACUGUAAAAGCGGAGACCUGGAUCUGUCCCAGGCCGCAUUCAAGGAGUUUGCAGACCUAGAUGUUGGUGAAUUGACCCUCAAGUGGAGCUUCCUCGAUUCCUAAUGACCAUAAUUAUUACUACUACUUAAUACUAUUGCCACUAUUCCUACCAAUAACUCCUGCAUACUACCAUCCACUUAAUUUACUUUUAUUUCUAUACCCUCCUUUUCUUUUUUUCUUUAUUUCUGAAUAAGAAGUACCAUCCGCAUUUAUAUAGCUCUGUAGAAUAGCAUCCAUUUCAUUUCUCUAAUUUAUUCUCAUCAAAUCCAUCCAUCCUCAUUCUGAUUAACGAUCCAUAGAUUCAUAGUU